CAAUGGCCGGGGUCACGGCGGGCUCCGUGCCUUCCGCCCUCCCCACCCCCCAGCGCACCAGAGCAUCCCACUGAGGCCCCGAGAGGUGACGUGACCGUCCGGCCAGUGGUGGGCGCCCAGGGCUUGCUCGCCCCCACCACCCCAUUACUGUCCCCACGGCCCAGCCCUGGAUGAGCAACAACAGUAAUAAGAGAGCACCGACCACAGCAACCCAGAGGCUUAAACAAGACUACCUUCGAAUUAAAAAAGACCCAGUGCCUUAUAUCUGUGCUGAGCCCCUCCCUUCCAAUAUUCUUGAAUGGCACUAUGUCGUCCGGGGACCUGAGAUGACUCCUUAUGAAGGUGGCUAUUAUCAUGGAAAACUAAUUUUCCCCCGAGAAUUUCCUUUUAAACCUCCUAGUAUUUAUAUGAUAACUCCCAAUGGAAGAUUUAAAUGUAAUACAAGGUUAUGUCUUUCAAUCACUGAUUUCCACCCUGAUACAUGGAAUCCAGCUUGGUCAGUCUCAACAAUCCUGACGGGUCUUCUCAGCUUCAUGGUGGAAAAGGGCCCCACAUUGGGCAGCAUAGAAACUUCAGACUACACAAAACGACAACUGGCUGCACAGAGUUUGUCAUUUAACUUAAAAGACAAAGUAUUUUGUGAACUGUUUCCAGAAGUGGUGGAGGAAAUAAAACAAAAACAGAAAGCACAAGAUGAACUCAGUAGCCGACCCCAGCCCCUUCCAUUGCCAGAUGUAGUCCCUGAUGGGGACACUCACCAUGGUCAGAAUGGGCUUCAGCUUCUAAAUGGGCAUGUGCCGAUGGCUGGUCCCAAUCACGCGGGCCUACAGCAGGCCAACCGCAACCACGGACUCUUGGGAGGCGCACUGGCCAACCUCUUUGUCAUAGUUGGCUUUGCUGCCUUUGCCUACACAGUCAAGUAUGUUCUGAGAAGCAUAGCCCAGGAAUGAGCUGCACGCCAGGAUUCCAAGACCUUGGUCAGAGCAAAAUGAGGGAGACUCUGGGUACCAGCGUGUGACCCUGGGACAGAUGACAAACAAGCUGGGUCUGGGCCUGCUGGGCUCCUGGGGUUUAGUUUUGGAAGCCUUUACAAAACACAAACAAAGCCAGACCCCAGAGCGGGCACAGCUGGGAUCCGAGAAAUAUGUGAGAGUCUUGAAUUCCUGUCUUCUUAACCUCCCUGUGUGUCUGUGGCUGUAGAGCAACUCAGAGCGCUGUGGAUGAGAAGCAAGCGCUCGUAAUGCUCGGUUUCUUAGCACGGGCCCCUAUUCAGUUUGUUGGACCUGUUUGAAGUAAACACGUUUUUAAUUUUACGUAAUUCGGUCGUUCAAAAAACCUGAAACUCGAUGCCUAGCCCAUGUUGUACGUAAUGUUUUUAGUUUAGGUGAAGGACUUUGACCUGCAAUGAGACGGAAGUGGCCAGUAGUAUCAAACUGGGGAGGGGGGCCUGGGGGACUCUGGGGAGGGGGGUGCUCCUGGUGCACUGUGCUGCUACGGAGGAGCCUCACUGCUCUCCGUCUGAUCGCUGAUCUUCAGCCAUGCUUUGUGUUGGCUAAUUGGUUUUUGGGGUUUUGUUUUUUGUCAAAAUGGAUGUCUUAAUAAGGCUUAGGAUGAACUCUUUAGAAGUUCAGGUAGCCAGUCAACUGUUAGUCGCUUCUGCUGGCCAGUGACAAACUUGUAGACUAAUCCAGGGCCAUCAUUGAUUUAUCUCAGCAUUUUUAGUGUGUUUCUGUUCACUUAGAAUGAUAAAAGAAAUGACUUUUAGGAAAGAGUAUUUUUCCUUCUAUACCACCCCCCUCAAAAACGUGAAAUUAAGAUUCUGUUUUUGCUUUCUGAUCGCAAGAUGUCAUUGUUUACUUAAAUAAAUCUGCAGAGAAACUGA